AUAACCAAUAUGGAUGUAAGUUGAAUUCACAGCACCCAGCUUAGAGGAAAGGUUCAUUUGAAGUAUGGCCAACAUAACUAAUCAAAUGGCUUUCUUUGAAGCUUGUGAAAUUGGUGAUAUAAUGACUGCGAGAGACCUGAUUAGAGAUGUCGAUCAGUCAAGUUUAAAGGAUUGGAGGACGCCAGAGGCGAAAACAUGUUUACAUGGAGCAGUAUUGGCAGGAAACCCAGAUUUUUUACGAGAGUUAGUAGCAAAGAUACAUGCAGAGUUACCGGAAUUGAUAAAAAAGGCGGACAACCAGGGCAACACGGCUUUGCAUUUAGCUCUAAGGAAUGACCGUGAGGAACUAGUGAAAGAUCGCGUAGAUCUGAUGAAACAGAUGGCAGAAUUGGAUGUCAAUUUGUGUGAUUGUGCAAAUAAUGAAGGAGAAACUCCGCUAAAAUUGGCAGUCUGUUUGGGGUUUGAAGAAGCGGUAGUAUUCUUAAUAACUCGCACAUCAAACGCUCUGCACUACAUUGUGGAGCUUAACCAAGUCAAGCUCAUUGGAAAUUUAAUUAAGAGAAAAGUAGACUUGUCAGAACUUAUCAAUCAGCCUUACCAGCCUGCCACAAAUUCUCCAGAUCAAGAAAAUUAUUCUACAAAUCCAUCCGAUAACAAUGAUAAUCGUAGUACUAAUUCCCAGCAUGUCCAGCCAAAUGUGUCUGGAGAUGGAGGAGACAGGCCUUCGCAAAGUGCAGCGAGGAGAAAGAAGAAGGGUGAAGACAAAAAGCCCACAAAUUCGACUGAUAGAGAUACCCAGGAUUACCAGCCAAUUGUCCGGCAAGGAGACACGCCUUUGCACAUUGCAGCAAGGAACAAAUAUGAGAACAUGGUGAAUUUGUUGCUGAAAGUACCCGGGGCGAACAAGCUUGCCCGGAACAGUGAGGACAAGACACCAUUUGAAAUUGCAAGAGAAGUCACAGAAUACUACGAAUCUUUUAGGAUUAUAAGAGAUCUGGCGUAUCACAGGAUGCAACCCAAGCCAUUCAUGUACUGUACACCAAAGGCGAGCAUCACAAAGAACAAUAAUGCAAGGUUAUUCAUCAAAAAGGCCUACGAAGAAAGACGCAAUUCAGAACUAGUGGUGGCAGCGCUGUUGGCCACCCUGACAUGCGCCGCUGCCUUCACCGUCCCAGGCGGUUUCGAUUCGGACAAUGAUGUAAACAAGGGGAGCCCUAUUCUUAUGUCCUCCAUUUCGUUUAAGCUCUUCAUUAUUUUCAAUUGCAUGGCCUUCUAUAAAGCUAUGUUUGUUUGUAUCAUGUGGGAAACGAGCUUAGAUUUUAGCACAGGCAACAAGAUGUUGUUCAUGUCUAUCACCACUAUGAUGACUUGCUGGAGCUUUGGGCUCACUGCUUUUGGGUUUACGUCUGCAGUGUACGCGAUGCUGGCGCCUAAGGUUAAGAUCUUCUCUUGGGUAAUCGCAGGAUAUCUCAUUUCCAUGGCCGUGGUUGGCGGUGUUACAACUAUAGGUCUAGGGCUACACAUUGGAGUUAAGCGGGCCAGAUUCCACCGCCUGUGCGGUGGCUCUUGUAUUUUGGAUGAGAUUGCAGAAGAUAUUUGGAUUCGAGCAGAACGUAGUGGGCUUCUCGAUUUUUACCGUUUAGUUGAGAAAUUUUCCCAUGAGUUAAUCAUUGGGCAUGUCAAGUUCGGUGGGCACCAUCAUGAACAUGAAGAUAGUAAUUCCCUCCUGCCUGUUUCUCAACCCUAUUCUUCGGCCCCUGGUCAUGAACUACUUUCGAUGUAAAAGCUCUCCUCUGAUCGCCCACUGUAAACCUUUAUACCAUAUAAUAAUUGACUCUAUAAUGUCAUAACUAUAAUAGUAAAGUGUUACUAGUUCCUUCUGGGAAGCAGAAAUAGUACAAUAAAGAAUAGGGGUCCCUAGUUGU